UUCCGAGAGAGUAGGAGCUACUUAAUAAGAGGUACGAAGCACCGUUUACAAUUUUCUCACUCCUCUCUCUCUCUUUCUCUCUCCCCAAAUUUUGUUUUCUUGCAAACAAGAAAGCUUUCAACUUUGCCCAGGAAUUGAGCUUGUCUUUUGGUUUGGAGGUAGCAUAAGAUAUGGCAAUAAAGCCAACAGUUGCCUUGAGAGCUAUACUUGUGGGCGGAAUAGCGGCAUUUGCAAAAGUAGCUGGUGCAAUGAAGGCUGCAGGUGGUGCCAAGCUGGGUGUAGCUGCAGCUGCCAUGUCGGCAGCAGCAAGUGCUGCUUUGUCAUCAAAACAAGAAUCAAAGGAUGACUCAAAGCAGCCUUCAAAAUGAGUUUCUUUCUGUAGAUGUAACCUGUAAUUUCUGUAGCGUAGUGUUGGCUGUCCCUCUGUGUUUGUUGGGACGUCGGAGCAAAUUUGCUACAUUUGAGUUGUAAGUUCUAAUUCAAGACCGAUGUAAUUUUGAAUUUGAAUGUAAGACGAUGCUGAAACACUUGGAAUAAAAUAAGUGGCUCUCUUUUUGUCCAA